AUGACUUCCAUCAAGGCUAAAUUGGAGAAUGCUUCAUCUCUAACACCUACUCUUCCCUCCCAAAAUAAGGUGGAAGGUACAUCUUCCAACUCUACUCCUCUUUCUACUUCCAAUAACAUGCCUAGUGGAUGCUUGUUUUAUGAUAUAUGUGGUUCGUAUGAGCAUGAUUCUUCUAAUUGCCCUCAUGCCUUUUCGGAUGGAUGUGAUGAUUUUGAUGAUAAUGUGAAUGAGCAUGUGAAUUAUGUGUCCAAUAACAAUAAUGGUUCAAGGUUUGAUAAUCAAAGAAGCCAAGGGAAUAGGAACUAUCACAACCAAGGCAAUUUUGACAACUAUAACAAAGGUAGUGGCUAUAGGAACCAAGGAAACCAAGGUUUUCGGGGUAACUAUAGCAACCAAGGUUAUAGUGGCCAAAAUCAAGGCCAAGGUUAUGGUAAUCAUAACCAAGGCUAUGGUAACCAUAAUCAAAGCUAUGGCCAAAAUCAAAAUAGUGGUUAUUAG